GUAGCCUGGGAACAAUCUCGCAAUUGUUGUUUCCAGGGCUCUCGCCUCGAUUUUGUUAAUUUCCGUUCACGGAACGUGGCUCGUGAUAUCUCUCGUGCGAUCUCCACUCGUUAUACAAGUCUCCACAAAACGCCAGAAAGAAAGACUACGGUUAAAAUGACAAGUUUAAAUGACUACGACUGGAUUGGGUUUGAUCUAGAUCAUACAUUGAUUCAGUAUAAGCUGGAUUAUCUUUACCCGGUGAGUUUGGAAAAUGGCGGUGUCUGAGCCUGAAAAAGCGCGCGGAAAAAUAAACCGAUGUUAACUUCCUCCCGAUCUUGUUCACUAGAGGCGUUUAUUUGAUACAACACACAAAAAAUGUUUAGUUCAAGGCAUGAUCUAGCUUUUACGAUUGUUUUUUUGGGGUGUUUGGUCCCAAUAUAAAGGUUUCCCUACUUUCAUCUUAAAUUUCAUACUCAAGUUAAGUAAGCUUAUAUCCACGUGGAAAUUGUGCUUCUUACAUUAUUAGGGUGUUUUUGUUUGUAGUGCUGAUCACUUUAUAACGUAAAGAUGCAAAGAGUGCCAUGGACGACAAUUUAAGGAUAGAUUUCUGCACAGCCCCACUCAAAUGCAUGCAGCAAAAUCAUACUACUUGUAUGGGACAUUCCAUUUAUUUCUCCUCAGCAACGACCCCCUCCCCCCCAAGGAUAGCGGGCUUUCAAAUAGGGGCGGGGGGCGGAUCCUUCAAAGAAGCCCACAAAAUUUGUUAUUUACCCUAGGCAGUGUUUAUAGCACUGAUGCUAGUGGAGCCGAGCAAAUGCUAAACAACUAAUUCAAAUCAAACUUAACAGGGUUAAGAAUUCCAGUUGGCUAUUUACAAACAUGGCCGAGGAUGUCAACUCAGGAGUACCGUGAACAAAUCCAGCUAGUAGUCAGAGCAGGACUUGAACUCGGUACCUCAGAAUUGCGAGUCCAGCUCUCUAACCACUUGGCCACCCUGUCUCCUAUAACCCAUAGUAAUCCAGGAUUAAAGUUAAACAGGCUUUGAACAACCUUUGCAGUGAACUACCCUACCUGUGGCAUAGGCCAUGUGUAUCAUGAAAGAAAUGAUAAAUAAAUAAUCGGUGAUAUGUGAUACACUGUCAUGUGGGAGGCUCAAAGUUACUCCAAGGGUAACACAUAAUCGCGAGCAGUGAAUAGAGUUGAAUACAGAAGUGCUGAUGUCUUUCAAGUUGUGAUGAAAAGUUCUGUAACUGAAAUCUGAAAUGACAAGCUUUUUAAGCAAAUUAUUUGUUACUUUUGUUGAAAAUAAUGUAACUUGAUGCAGUUAACCAAAGGAUCAGAACUCUUUGAGAAAUUAAAUUUGCAGCAAGGUUGAAAAUAAUAUGAAGACAAAAAAAGAAAAAAAAAACUGAGGAAGAGAAGAAAAAGAGUGUUGAUCAAAAGAAAGUUAAUUUCAAACCAGUUGGUACAAAAAGGAUUAAAUUCCUUAGGCCUUUUAAAAUUCCCUUCGUGAAACAGAACCCUUUACAAUUUCAGAAAUGGCUCAUGUAUGUGAUCAUGAGGCCCUCAUUGGCCAACUCCUAAGAUAAACACUGCUUUGAGUCCUGAGUACCCCCAUAUCCCUGUGGGAUCACAUCAUGGGGAUGUUUGUUCAGUAUCAUAUUGUUUUAGUUUAUUCAGCAAGCGGCUUUUUCUAUGAUAUACCUUAUCAAGUUCUUUUCUUUUUUUCCAGUUUAUUUAUAAAAUAUUCACCGAAGCCUUGGUUAAAGACAAAGGCUAUGAUUCCAGCUUAUUGCAAGACAACUUUGAAGACCUCAAGGACUUUUGGUAUGAAUGACCGUAUUUUCAGCUUGCAAAGCCUUAUCCAUUCUCAUCCUUUUUCAAAUAUUUAUAUAGAGAUCAUGGCUGUACACCAGAUUGUGUAUCAUAGGUUGUUCAAGGUAAUCAAAAAAGUAACAAAAUAAACAGUCAUUUAUUCAGCCUUACACUAGCCUACCAGUGGCCAAGUCAGUAUUGCAUAAUAGUAAUCAUAAAAAUGAACCUUCAUUUAAUGACAUGCUUAUUGCUAUUGUUUUUUUUUAUAAAUAUUGCUUUUCCCAUAAAACUAUAAGCUGACUAUACCUUUUUACUUUCAUGUAUACUUACACUGCAGCUGACAUUUUUUUUUUCUCCAGUCUUAGGGGACUGAUCUUGGACACACAAAAAGGAAAUAUCCUGAAAAUUGACAAAGAUGGGUUUAUACUGAGGUUGGUAUUAAAACUCUGUGCUACAGCCAUUUGCAGUUUCUGGAAUAUAUGGUGUCUGUGUUGUGUCAUUUAAUUGGUUUCCUUGAGAACAAGAUGUUUAACAAUAAUUUGAGCCCGAAUGGGCUAUUGACUCAGAGCCCAUUCAGGCUCGAGGAAUAAUGUUGUUUUAGUAAAAUCCAACUAGUUGGUCAAUAAUAUCGAGACAAAAUAACCUUAGCUAGUUAAAGCUAGACUUUAAUCCUUUUUUGCCACUGAAAAGCCAGCGCUUUUCGCUACUAGUGGACUAUAACUUAUAGCCUAGUAGUAGCUCAACCAAUCAGAACGCAGCAUUGAUAAUAAACCACUAGUUGGGUUUUACUAAUACUUAACACUUUUUAUUAUUCAUUCAAAAUAUUUUCCCGAUUCUGAUUGGCUAAAAGCACACGUUUAAUUCACCAUAACCAGUUACUGAUGACCAAAUUUGGAAGGAUUUUUUAGUUUAACAAGGAAAUGACGUAAAAAAUGCAGCGUUUUCGCAGGUUAAGGCACCAGUAACCGAGAAGACCUGGGGACGAGGUUGAGUUGUUUUGCUUGUGAACUUGAAAAAUGGCGGACAUUUCACUCGUUUCAAGGGUAAGAACUAGGCGAAAAAAUAGCUAAAAACAUGACAAGAACAGCAAGUACACAACUUGAAGGGCGACAUCUGCUAUUUGGAGAAUAUUGUGGAGCUGCACAAACCUAAACGUGCACUAUCGAAGAUGAACUUUACAUCGAUGGAUUGAUGGAGGUCAUCAUGUUUUAGCCAUGUUUUUAAUCUAGGAAUUAUUUUGAAUGAGUAAUAAAACAAUUAUUGAAUUCGGCUUUCGUAUCAUAUGAAGAAUUAUGAAGAUCUCGGAGGGUGUUAUCCGCCUCAGCCUACGGCCUUGAUGGAUAACACCCUCCUCGAUCUCCAUAAUUCUUCAUAAGAUACUCAGCCUCAUUCAUUAAUUGUUAAAUACACAAUGGCUAUUUUGAUCAGCUGAUUUUGCAGGAAUCAAAUGUCGUCCACCCCUCGAAACAGGGAAAGCUUGUUUUAUGAGUUAAACGAGUCAAUGAGUCAUGAGUGAAGCUAUGAUUCAGGUUUGGGUUAAGUGGCAGGUGAAAAUAUUGAUGAGGGUAAUUGCAUUGACAAUGAAGAUUAGGGUUAAUUACUGGUAAUUUUAGUUUUGAUAAGUGUUGGUCCUUUUUUCACAUUGUAGCCUUUCAUAACAUUUUAAAAAAGUAACAACAGUGGUUAUAGGGUUAAUGACUAACUCAAAAGUGGUUAGCAUUUAUUUAGGUUUAGGUUUGUCACUAUACAGUAUCUACUGUAAAGCAGUUACUGGUGGCAAAUCUGAGAGAUGCAAACUAUUGACUCAUUACUCAUUGACCACUUAUUGACUCUUUUGCACUUAAUCAAAUUUACACUAUAAUAGCCAACACUUCACUGCAAUGACUACUUUUUUUUUUUUAAUUAAAUUACAUCCGAACUGUUACCAAAAAACUCAUCAACAUGGUCAUUGAAAAACACCAACCUUGUGUACAGUGUUACAUACAUGUACAAAUUAGUGGCGCAAAAAUGAACAUCCAUUUUCGCCAUAGAAAUACAUGCCUUUUAGCCAAAAGAAAUUUUUUCAUGCUUUUUACCAUUAAUUUUUAUAAGGGCAACACAUGGUACAAAACAGAUGACAAGAGAAGAAAUUACAGAUACGUAUGGAGAAAAGAGCAUAUGGCCCGAGAUUAACAGCCUGAAAGAAAAUCCAAGUCAACAAUGUAAGACACAAUUUGUACAUUAUUGACUUGUAAUGUUAUCUGAAAGUUUCUGCUUUUACUGCGGUCAUCAUCAUGGUUGCAUAAAUUUCCUAUCAUGCCAAAAGGACAGACCACAAUGUAGUGAGAAAUUUCCAAUGCUCCGAUGGGAGUUUGAGGAGAGUCAGUUUUUCAAAAUAAUAUUCAUAAGGAUGGCAGUAGCCUUUCUUAUACCUUCUAUUGACUACUGGUACCCCUUUUCACAUACCUUUUAACUGCUGUAAAUGCACUGUCUUUUAAAAUGUGUAAAUCACUAAAUAAGAAAAUUAUCUUGUCUUUUUCAUAGCCUCAAAGUACUAACCCAUUGUUCUCAAAGUGUCUUCAUUAUAGCCUUGUUUCUUGCUUGCCAUUUUUAGCUGUGUUCCUCCCAACCCUCUGUCCCUCUUUUUUUAACUCAGGGCUAGGUAGGCAGGGCUGUCAACCCCCCACGUCUUCAAAUAAUUAUUGAGAAUUGAUAGGGAAGGGAUGAUAGAUGACGUCAUAAUAAACAUUACACAUGACAUCAUUAAUUGUGCAAUAACUUGCAAAAAAGAUGUUGUUGGAAUUGUAACAUUUGACCUGAUUGGUUUACUUCCCACUAAUCACUUUACCACUUAUAUUACAAUGGCAUACCUGAGUUUGUGAGGAAACGUUCAAUGUUAACAGCAAAAUAGCUCAAACAACACAAAAUAUUUGAAAUUUCCUUGUCAUUAAGUCGAAUCUACAAGAAAUGGCGAAGUUUGGUGAUUAUUCGGGAGAUUUCGGUGUCUUAUUUGGAGACUGGGAGAAACGGUUCAAAAUCUGGAGUCUCCCAGAUUAUCCGCGAGAGUUGACAGCACUGGGUAAGUAUUGGUCAGUAAGUAUUCCACUAAACUGUUCUGUGUGGCGGUGUCUGGUUGAGGCUGCUUGCAGGAUUGCCAUGGAUACCUCCUUCCUCUUGCUAGAGCUUUGCCAUCUCCAACAACCUUGUAGGCACCAGCACCUAAGCUCAUCUAUUGGUGAAAAUGAUUUUCAUUCAGAAAAUUAUUAUCUAUAUCAAUUUUCUUUAACCAGUAUAAGCAAAUAAAACAAUAAUUUUAUUUUAAUAUUAUGGUACAUGUAUGAUUUCUUUUUCUGGUACAGCUUCCAUGUUUAGAGUGUUUGAGAAUUACUUUGACCUUCCUGUGAUGGUAAUAUGUGCACGUCUCAUUGAUAUAAUAGAUAAAAAGGUAAUGGACAUGACUUUUCCUACAAUUAUCAGCAGUAAGCAAAGUUUGAUCACAAUAAUGUUAUCUGUAAUUUGCUGGUGCAAAGAAUUGUAAAUGUGAUCUUUUUGCUGUUUUUCUUCUUCUGCUAGAAUGGAAGAUUGGAAAAAUACAAUUUUUGGCCUGAUGUAAUUUAUAUGUUAAGACAUGUUUUUAAUCCACUAAACUUUUCUGGUAAGUCAUUAAUAUUUUUAUUUUUUGUUUGUUUGAUAGUGUUUGUAUCAGGGCUUGCUUGCACAUCUAAAGGGAGCAUAAAUGUAUUAUUGUAACAAAUUAUAUUGUGAUGAUAAAUUUUGGUUGAUUUUGUAAUAACCUUUGUUGAAAAAAUUCAUUGCUGUGUACCUGUAGUAAUGAAUACCAUAAGUUACUUUGACUUUGCGUCAAUUCUUUAUUUGUGAAAGGUUUGAACCCAGGAGUCAUUUCAAAAGUAGGGUGAACGUACUCCUGAAUAGGACUGUUGUUGUUGACAGUGACUGACGUUUGGACAACCUGUGCAGUAGUCAUCUUCAGAGUCAAAGUGAGUUGUAUCACAUCAGUUGAUGGUAUUAUACUCUGGUUAUUGAUCUGAUUGGCCAAUUACGUCGCGAUGUUAUUGGUCGUCUGUAAGAGAGAGAGAAUGACAAUUUGACUAACAAUAGAUGACUGUUUAACUGUGACAAUAGACGGAUUGAAAUGCACCAAUUACUGAUUACGAGUCUUCAUAGCUAAUAACAUCACGGCUUAACUGACAGAUGACCAGUAACAUCACGACGUAAUUGACCAAUCAGAUCGAAAACCAGAGUAGUAUAAUACCAUCAACUGACGUGAUACACCUCACUUUGACUCUGAAGAUGAUUGCCGCACAGGUUGUCGGAACGUCAGUCACUGUCAACAACAACAGUCCUAUUCAGGACUACAUUCAUCCAGACGAUCAAACUCAACCUACUUUUGAAAUUCUUUCUUUAUUUUAUUUUCAGAUCAAAAUGGGUACUUCUUUCCUGUUAUAACAAAAAACACAUCGAAAUUUAUAAAGCCAUGUAGCAAGAAAAUUAUUGACUGGAUUAAAUCAUUAAGAGAUGGAAAGCAAAAAGUCUUCCUCCUCACCAACUCAUACAUUGACUACACAAAUCUUCUUAUGAAUUUUGCUGUUGGGUAAGGGUGAAUACUUAUUAAUUUUAGCAUAAUGAUUAAGAUUUUUGGUACUGUGGAACCAUUGCUCCCCCCUUUGAGGUCCCACAUCAUAAGAUUAAUGAUGACAAUAAUGAUGAGGAAGAUGAUAUUGUAUGACCUUUAUGAUGGUUGCAAUGAUAAUCAUGGUGAUGAUAAUGAUGAUUUUAAUGAUGAUGAUGAUGAUGAUGAUAAUGAUGAUUUUAACCCAUUCGCCCCUGAACCACCCGUAACCGCCCGUAACCGCCCGUGCGGAUCCACGUCCUUUCUACCCUUUGUGACGUCAUCAGUUUUAACAGUCAAGGACAACUUUGUCCGCUAACUUGUGCAGAGUGAAGAGAUCUUUCAAACCAUACCAGAAUGAGCACAAUUCAGUCAAGGACACCGGAGAAAGAGGCAAAAAACCAUGUAGUAUUGACCUGAAAAUCUCCAUGAAAAUCUUGUUCCUUUGCUCACCUACCUUUCCUUUCACCUAAUCCUGAGAUCCUAAAAGCUUUCCUAAAAACUAUAUUCCCACCAAAAUGAAGCCUACUAAAUGCCCAGCAAGAGAAAAAAAAUGAGGCAAGAAAAGCGAAAAAAGAGGGGAGGAGAGAAAGCGAAAAGUAAAAGUCAAGACUGCUGUGUCACUUUUAAACCCAAAAACUAUCUCGAAAUUUUGCUUUCUGCGCAUGCCCGAACUUCACAAGCUGAUAUUUUGCAUCUGAAUCAGAAGGCUGUGAAGUGUAUGACCUGUAAACCGGUUUGUGGUAAGGUUUAGCUCUUUAUAGCAUGACAGUGACCAGAAAACCACUCGAGUACCUUCAAAAUGUGUUUUUCGGCAAAAUCUCCAGGCCGGGAGCGAAUGGGUUGAUGAUGAUGAUGAUGAUGAUGUUCAUGCGGCUGUGGCUGAUGAUGAUGUUGGUAGUGGUAAUAAUGGUGGUGUUAGUGGUAAUGAUAAUGGUGAUGAUUUCAUAUGUUGAUGAUGAUGUUCUUGAAUUUGGUUGUACCUAGCCUCUUAGCAUUUUACUUAAUAUGUGCUUUUUUAUUAAGUAAUGGUCCAGAAGAGAAGGAUAGAACCAAAUGCGAUGAGCAUGUUGAAAUAGUAAAAGUGUUAACUUUACUUUUGUCUCUAUUACACGUCUUGUUUAGGGAACAUUGGCCAGAAAUGUUUGAUGUUGUUGUUUCCAUGGCUGGAAAACCAGGUUUCUUUCAAACUCAUGUUUUUUCUGGUCAUACCAACUGUUGAUAAUUAUUUUUAAUGCAUAAUUUAUAAUAAUACAGUUUAUGUCCUGAAAGUUAAGAUUGAAGGUGCUUAUGCAUUGUAUAAAGCUGUUUUAGUCCGGUAAAGAUCAACAUCAAAUUUCUCCUAAGUUAUCAUAAUGCUUAAUAACUUAACCUGAAUUUGUCAGUCACUUUUUAUACUUUUGAUAAGCAACCUCUUACCAUGAGGCCUUUAAAAUUACCAGAUGUGAUGAUAAUCAAUGAUAAUGUUAAGACUAGUGAUCAGAAAGAUUUAGGCUUUUUCUACACUAUACUGGCCACAUGCAUGGAUAGCUACAUUUUGUAUACAUGAAAAUCUAUAAAGUCAUUCACACACAUCGAACAUCAUGCCAGAGCUAGCAGUCAGCCAAGAGGGAUACAUAUUAAAUGUGAUCAUGAACAAAGUACAAAUUAUAACCUAGUGAUUAAUUUAUAUUUAAAAUGUUAUUUAUUUUUUUAUUAAUAAUUUUUGCAGGUUUUUUCAAGUCCGAAGAACAACUAACCCAGUUUUAUGAGAUUGGUAAAAAUAUUGAAUAAUGCUCCUGUGUUUUGAUUUACAUUUUCAUUUUAUUGACUGGUUUUGGCUGUCGGGUUUUGGGUAUUGUUUUGUCUGGCUGGCCUGGCUAUAAAUUCAUUGUGCUUGAUAAACUGUAAUGCUUGAAAGGUCAUUUCAAGUUGUUUCCUCAAGAUGUAAGUUGGUUACUUGACAGUUGCAUAAAGGCUGUUGAUAGUUGCAUCUAACUAGUUUCAAGAGAAGAGAGGUGCCAAUUACUGAAAACUUUGACAAACUCUUUUCUGGUUUAAUAAUUCUUUCAGUAAUAAUUGAGUUUUGAGAUUUAAGAUGUAAUCAUCAAGAAUCAAGUCUCAAUUCUUUUACUUGAUUCAUGGAUGCAAACCCUUAAAAAGGCAUUUUAAAUGAGGAGAGAACCAACUUGAAAAUGUGACCACUAGUCAAAACGUCUGAAUGAUUAUUUUUUUCAUGUGUAGAAAAAUUAUCUCAGUUUAGUGUACAGUAUGACUGUGUUCAUUUUGUUGAGCUGCAAAGGUAAUAAAAAAGAGAAAGAUGGUAAAUUUUAAGCCAGGUGAAGAAAUGAGAAAUGAUGUGAUCAGCAUGUCAAGAGCAUAUAUAUUGAACUAAGAAAAAUGUCUGAGUUCGCGACAGUAAUUGAACCUAUGACCGUCCGUGCACCAGUCAGAUGCUCUAACCACUGAGCUACGAAGGACUCGUGGCUAGCUGUGCCAUACACACAGUUCAUGUAUGACAUGCGUCCUGACAUGCCCCAUGCUCGUGACAUGUUGAUCAAUCACAUCAUUUCUUAAUAAAAUCUUUAUUUAAACUUUUAACAGAUGGUGAAAGAGAAGGUGAUCCUGUAAAACAGCUUCAGCAAAAUAGAAUUUAUAGCAGAGGGAAUCACAGGGACUUCACUGCAUUUCUUCAAAAACAAACCAACAAAGAAAACCUUAAGGUAUGUAACCUUUUAAUUACCAGGCGUGACCAUGGUCAAUUUUCUCCAAAUAAUAUCUAUACAUUAUCAAGAGAACGGGUCAUGAGAAUAAAACAAUAUUAAUGAUUAUCUAAGGUACAUGCAAAUUGCUUUGAUUUUUUAAAUUAAAUUCUUUCAACUAAUUCCUUAAGGAAAUGUUGGUGAUCAGUCUGGAGGACUUAAGGAUUAAGAUAAUUUUCACUGGCCACUUAGGCCAUCCUCUUUUUUUCUCCAUGUAGCGUCAUCCAACCACCCCAUAUUUUUAGCAUUUUCAAACAAAAAAAGAAGUAACGACUUAGUUAAACCAUUUUUCACUUGAAAUAAUUCUUUUGCUCUGAAAAAUGAGCAUAGUAACAACAUAGAGAAAAACAGGGACAAAAUGGAACAUUUUUACACUAUAUUUUGUUAAUCCAAAUAUGUAAAUGUUAACUUUUAAUGUUGUCCUGGGGUACCAGGGCCUCCAAUUCCGAGACUUCUUGUGAUUUGUUUUUUUAGGUUUUUUUAAUCCAACCGACCAACCCAAUAUCAGGAAAUGCAUUUGACGCUAAAUGAAAAAAAAGGGGAUGGCCUUAAGCCAGGAAAAAAUUUUAUCUUUGACCCGGAGUUCAUUAUAUGCUUAAUUGAUAUUUUCCAGUCCAAAAUAUUUUAUUUUGCUAGCCCUUAUGUUCAUUAAUGCCUCUGUAGGUUUUGUAUUUUGGAGAUAGUAUGAGGUCAGACCUGUUCCCAUCAGUGGUACAUGGUGGCUGGGAUGUUGUCACAAUACUGGAGGAGAUGGAAUCAGAAGGCCUAGUAAUAGAACACCUUUUAACACAUGAAGAUGAAAAGGUAUUUAAAAUGGUUGUGUGAGAAUCAAACGGCUAGGCAUUUCUUGUGGUUUUAUUUUUCUUCUAUUUUCCAAUAAAAGUAGCUGGGGGCCACUCUCUUAGUAGCCGGGGAAAAUCCCCGGCCCCCGGCUCUUAAUGACAACCCUGAAUUUAGAUAUUGUUUUCAGUAAACAUUCUAGGAAAUUUCUUUUGAAAACUGCCUUCCUUUGAUUAUUAGAGUCUGUUACAAAUGUGACAUGACCUUUGUAGGCAUCACUUAAUUAGUGAUGUGAUGUGCCACGCCUAGGAUUUAUUGUUCUAUUUUCUCUAUAUAUUAUUUGAUAAUGUAACUGUUACUUUUGGCAGUUGCCCAAUGAUUGCUUCACAAGAAGCAUGAAACUCUGAGUAGCAAUGAAUGUUCAAGACCAUUUCAUCCAUAAUUUAUGAUUCUUUUAUUAUCAUUUUCAAAAUAGGAAUCGCUUGAAGAUGGUCCCAGUCCCAAGAAACCUGCCAAGUAUCUCCAUGUAAGAUUGCUAGAUUAUCUUGUGCUGUCUUGAGUCAGAGCUAAAUAGCAUCAGAAACGCUUAACCUCUGAUAAUUUCAUCCCACAUGUGAUCAGGCAUUUUUUGAAAUUUAGAGAUAAUAGGGAGAGGGCAUGAUCUCAGGCUAGCUGGGGCCAAGCAGAACGUCUUUAGUUAUGUAUCAAUUGCCUCAUAAUCCUGCAGUCCCAGGUUCGUCCCUUCCUGAUGACUCACGGGAUUUUGUUUCUUGUUAUCCCCGAGGUACAACCCCUUGGCCACACUUACUGGUUAUCCUUCUGCCAGUUGGUUUUCUUUACCUCCUCUCCUAAUAACUUAAGUAUUAUUGUAAGAGACCUUGCAUAAGGGGUGUGGUCAAAAGCAUGGCAAAGCCUGGCCAGGCCAAGCCAGGCCUGGUUUGCCACUUAAAGUUGCAGUGGGUAAGGGUAGCCUGGAAAAGGCAAUUAUGUCACCCUCAUGUUAAGAAGUUUAUUAAUUAUUAUUAUUAUUAUUAUACAGAUGGAAUAUUGCUAAUUGAUGCUAGUAACGCUUUUAACCAAAUGAAUAGGUCAGCGGCCUUACACAAUAUCCAGAUCAUGUGCAAAGAAAUGGCGCUCUAUGUUAUUAACACAUACAGAAGCCCAUCUAGACUGUUUAUUUGUGGGGGAGGUGAAAUACUUUCUCGAGAAGGCAACACACAAGGAGAUCCGCUAGCGAUGCCAUGGUACGCACUUAAUACAUCCAUAAUGAUACAGAAUUUGAGGGAUCAUUGCCCAUUGGUUAAACAGGUGUGGCUUGAAGACAACUCAGCUGGAGGAGGGAGUAUAGUGCACUUAUACAACUGGUACAGGCAAUUGAGUAAGGAAGGUCAAAAGUUUGGUUACCUUGUGAAUGGGACAAAGAGCUGGCUUAUUGUGAAGUCUAGGGAACUCGUGGAGGAAGCAAAGAGGGUGUUUGGAGAGGAAGUCAACAUAACCACUGAAGGUCAGCGCCAUCUGGGAGCAGUUAUUGCGUCGCAAGAAUACAAAGAUCAGUAUUGUGAGGAGAAGGUUCGUGCAUGGAAAGAGGAAAUCGAACGUCUCUCUGAAAUAGCGAAGAGCCAGCCCCAUGCGGCGUAUAUUGCUUUCACAAAAGGCUACAAGUCGAAGUUCACCUACUUCAUGCGCACGAUUGAAUCGUUUGAAGAUUAUGUCGAUCCAAUCCAGGAAGUGAUUGAAGAUUUACUACUCCCUACUUUGUUCGGUCAAUCAGAGCCUCUCCCUAACGAGGUGCGCAGACUUGCUACCUUAGCAACGGGUCAAGGGGGUCUAGGCAUUCCUGAUCUGAAAUCCGAGGCACCGCAGCAGUUUGCUGCCUCGAGACUAAUAACCACCGCCCACGUAGAUUCUAUUACAUCACAGAGUUCCAUCAUGGUGCCAGGAGAAAGAUCUACGGAGGAGCUAAAGAGGCAUCAACAAUCACUUAAGAGAGCAAGUGCCAAAGAGAAAAUGGAUAGCAUUGAUUCAAGCCUCUCCCCAGGCCUGCUGCGUCUGGUUAAUCAAUCGAGGGACAAGGGCGCAAGUUCUUGGCUGAAUGCGAUGCCUCUCGCAGACAAAGGUUUAGCCCUCAACAAGCAAGAGUUCAGAGACUCGCUACGCUUGCGUUAUGACUUACCCUUAGUCGAUUUACCAAGUCAUUGCAUAUGUGGGGAUAAAUUCACCGUUAGUCACGCCCUCUCUUGUAAAAAGGGGGGGUUUGUAGCGCAGAGACAUGAUGGUGUACGGAACUUGUUAACGACAUUCAUCGACAAGAUCUGCAAUAAUGUCGAAAUCGAACCACGCCUUCAACCCCUCGACAAGGAGCGAUUUCAUUUGAGGAGCGCUGUUACAAGUUCUGAGGCAAGGUUGGACAUCAAAGCGGGAGGCCUCUGAGCAAGAGGAGUUACGGCAUUUUUUGAUGUUAGAGUUACGCAUGUCAACUCCAAGUGUUACCAGAGCAAGCCAACAUCGGAAGUGUUCAAAGAGCAAGAAGAAGAGAAGAAGCGCAAGUACCAGCAGCGGGUGUUAGAUGUAGA